GUUGCAAAGUAGAAGCAAUGGUCUCAGCGGCUCAUGGUGGGUACAAGGGAAAGCGAGGCUUUCAUUCCAGACCGCUCAAGCCACUGUUUGAUUGAUGCUCUUUCGACGGUUUCGAUGGCGGUGCGGUACCUUCUCAACCCUGGGCGGAAAUGCAUUUUUUGCGAAAAAGGUGCGUAAUAUUCAACAGGCUGCAUCCGGCCCGCCUGCGCACCUAGUCUAUGACCCCAGCCAGCUGCCGGAUGUUGCUACCUUGCUCCUGGUUGCCAAAAGUGCAGUGUCAAGUGAUUUCAAAGACCAGGCUUUUUGGCAGGCUUGUAGUCUGCAAGCUCGAAAGCUCUGUGGCGCCGAUGCAAAUCUACUUGCCUUAGCCCGCUAUGCUGUAGCGGCAGCGACGGUUCACCAUCAAGACACCGAGCUUAUGUACAACAUUGGCGAUAUGGCGGUUGCGGGAGCAGAGCGCAACUUUCUGGAUGCAGAGAGCAUUAUGCUUAUACUUCAAUCACAUGCUAUUCUUGCGUUCCGCAAUGAUCGAGUGUUGAGAAAAUUGGAAUUGGUCCUGUUCGAGAUGCUGCAACAGUCAAAAGCCACGGCUGCUUGUCUAUCCAGCUCUCUCUUGUCGCUGUCUCAGCUUUUCUCUGCAUCUGUGCUGCCGGAUGUUGACCAGGCAUUAGAGUAUUCCAGACAAGAACUCAUAGACGGAGCAGCACGAGUUUGCCUGGAACAUAUCUCAUUUUUUACCGCUGCUCAACUUUGUGAAGUCUUGGAAGCCAUGGCCACAUUCAAAGUCCGCGGUGAUCGACAAGUCUCAGCGUUGUUUUUUGGAAUCGGCAACUCGUUGGCAAGACAGACGAGCACGCUAAGCUCCAAGGAUUGUGGGACCAUUUCACGCGCCUUUGCAGCUUGCAGGGUCCAUGAUGAAAAGAUUCUAUCAUCUCUAGCCUUCAGACUGCGCGAUAAAGAAGUGCGAAGAGACUUAACGGCUCAAGAUCUUGCAAAUGUGCUUUAUGGCUUUGCGAAAUUCACUAGCCAAGACAUUGCUUUGUUGGACCUGUUGUCUAUAGAAGUCAGGCGCCAUUUGCAUGCUUUGGAUGUCAGGUUGAUGAGUUCCACCCUUGCAUCACUAGCCAAGUGUGGCGUAAGUUGCCCUGUUCUUACUGGCCGUGCAACCCAAAUGCUGCGUCGUCCCGGUCCGAAACUUGAAGCAAAUGAAGAGGACAGAGAAGUUCAAAGGGUGUGCAACCUAAGUCUGGGUACAUUCAAUGAACUGCUGAGUUUGACGAUGGCUUUUGCAAAGUUUCAAGUCCGGGACUCAAGGCUGCACGAGAGGCUGGCAGAGUCAUUGCUGCAAUGUCAGGAGAACGAUCAGGCAGCAUUAGAAUUCCGAACUUGCACGGACCUCGUCAAUGUUGUGCAUGCUUUUGCAAAGGUGCAUCAAGCUCCAAUACAAUUAUUGGGGACGGUGAUACGCCUGCUACGGCUGCGACCUCCAGGUGAAUUCAGCACUCGAGAUGCUGUAAAGUUGCUCCAUGCGUUGGCAAAAAUCGAGUACACGAUUUUGCCAGAUGAUAAAAAAUAUAUUCUUCUUGCUUUGGGCCCGGAACAACUGAAAGAACUUGGGGUGUUUGAACUCUUGAAACUCGCGGUCGCUGCGCGGAAGCUUGGCUUUGAGCUUCCGUCAUUGGAGACGCAGGUUGGUGUUAUACUGCCAAAUGAACCUCCAUUGAAGAGUGACAGUCCACAACGGCGCCCUACCGCAAAGAAGCAAAGAAGAAAGAGCGCACGGAAGCAGAAAUGGACUUGGUAGACUGUUGGAUUUGAUUGACUAUGCCGCAAGAGGCAAAGAUCCUCUGCAAAAGUGCGCCAGGGUUUGC